AUGGCAUCAAAUCAUUCCCGCAGCGCGUCGGAUGAGAACCACAACUCAAUGGCCUACGUUCUCGAACACGUCUUACAGUACCCCGGAAGCUACGACAUCCCCCUCAAAACCAUGUACGAGCUCAACCGUGUGGACCGCGCCCAACCAUUCCCCAAGAGCCUGGCCAAGUCCGGCAGCACAUCACCAGUCUCCAGCCAAUUCGCAUGGAACCCUACCGAAGCUGCCGCCAUGAGCUUUACCUCAUCUUUGAUGAACCAGCUCAAAGCAUUACCCACACGGACCAGCGCACUCCCACCCGCUUUCAUCGUAAACUUUGUCAGCCGGACCUUCAUGCCUGAGCCAGCUGAUGUUGACUGGAGCCAAGCCUUGACAGCUCUCGACUACCUCAAAGAUCUCGAGACGCGCCGACGGAGGGAAAUGGCCACCACCUUCGAGGCCCUUGAUGUCCACAGGGACACAUGGGAUGCCGACAUGGCCCGUGUAGCCGAAAAGGCACCGGGCAUUGCACUCUGGAUCAACAAUCUUGAGGGCAAGAACCGAAAAGCUGAGUCGUACUACGCUCAGCUCUGGGUCGGACUCCGCCGAUGGAUCAUGAUCAAUCACCUUUCAGAUGAAGAGUUCAACAAGCUCAACUGCAUCAGCUAUCUCAACACCCUCUUCCCUCCUGUUCACGGCCAGACCAAGCUUCCUUCACAGUUCCUGAACCACGAAGCCCUGAAAGAAGAGCGCCAGAUCUUCUUCGAACUGAUUAGUCAGGUGCAAAAGAGAGGACCUGAUGUCUUGCUGCCCCUGAUCAACAGGGACAAACGUCCCGAAGAUCGAACCGGUUGGCCCACUGUCCAGAGGAUUGUCGACAAGUACCUCCGAGUUGCCCAGAAUAUGAUUCAAGACUGCAUAGCCACCCAUGGACCCGAGUCUUUUGAUCGCUACAUGAACGGACCCGGAAAAGAGAAGAAGCAUGAUUCUGGUGUGAGCUUUGGUUCCGAACGCCGGCCCAGUGUAGGCUCCAGCAUGCAUGGCGAGCAGGCAUCCGAACCCAUGCAAAGCUAUGCCCCGGCCCCCAAGGGCCUCAGCAAGCUCGAGAGGAUUACUCGCGAGUUCAAGCGCAUGCGAGUCAAGCCCCGGCCCGAAGUGGAAGAGAUAACGCAAUUCAGCCAGCGGGCCGCUGCUGACUACGUCCCCCCGACCGGUGAGAAUGCUGGGAAGAAGUCGCUCAAGAAGGCCCGAUCAUUAGCAAGUCUCAAGUUUGGCAACGGCAGCUCUGCAUCUCUGUCCAGCAGAAAGGGCAGCGAUUCUAUGCCAUUCGACGCAAACGAGAUGAAGAAGCACCGAAUGAUGUACGAGGCGUCAGUCAGCAAGAGCACCACCCAGGCGUAG